UAGUUUAUGUUUGUUAUUUCGCUUCACAGUAGACUGAAUGAAUGAAUGCCUCUCUACAAAUGGCCGCGCGGGUUUGACGACUUUCACUGCGGAUGGCAACUAAACCCGCGCAUGCGCAUUAACCGCGUCCGAGUGCCCGAUACAAGAUGGCGGAGUCGGUGGGGAGGGAGAGGCGGAGGCGGGUCCGAACCGAAUAGAGCAAAGCCUAUUGAGGACUCCCAUCAAACCUCUCCAAGAUGAAACCUUUUCUAUCCUAAGACGGGACAAAUGAGGAGCUAUGACGAGUGAAAACCACGGAACAGUAAAGGCAGAUCCGCCAAUGGUCAUGUCGCCCACCGGGUCCACGUCACAGCCGGCUCCAUUAUCGCCCUCGACCAGCAAACCCAUCCAAGAGCUCCCAGAUGAGAUGAUUCAGGCUGGAUGGGCCAAAUGUUGGAGUAAAAGAGAGAAUCGGCCAUAUUACUUCAAUCGGUUCACUAACCAGUCGCUGUGGGAAAUGCCUGUCCUUGGGCAGCACGAUGUCAUUUCGGAUCCUCUGGGGUUGAACGCGGCUCCUGCCUCUGGCGAGGCAUUGAGCGACGCAGGUCUGGGAAACGGGCAGCGCAAAAGACAUCCGUCAGAGGAUGCUUCUCAAGCGGGCCCUAAUAGUUUCAAGAGGCCAAAGGUUGAGAUUCCUGUCACUCCAACCACUCCCACUGUCCCCAUUUCUCCCAGCACGCCCGGAGUCAAACCCUGGGCCAACGCCACAGAUGAUAAACAAAGCCAGGCCAGCGUUCCCGCGCCGGCUCCGUACCGGCCCUCUGUAGUGUACUGGGACCUGGACAUUCAGACCAACGCUGUGAUCCGAGAGCGAGCCCCUGUGAACCACCUCCCUCCACACCCGGAGAUCGAGUUGCAGAGAGCGCAACUCACCACCAAACUGCGGCAGCACUACCACGAGCUGUGCUCUCAGCGCGAGGGCAUAGAGCCUCCGCGGGAAUCCUUCAACCGCUGGCUUUUGGAGAGAAAGGUGUUGGAUAAAGGGCCGGAUCCACUCUUACCCAGCGAGUGCGACCCGAUCAUUUCCACGUCUAUGUUCAGAGAGAUCAUGAACGACAUCCCCAUCAGGCUCUCUCGCAUCAAAUACAAGGAAGAGGCCAGGAAACUCCUGUUUAAAUAUGCAGAGGCGGCCAAGAAAAUGAUUGACUCCAGAAAUGCAACUCCUGACAGUCGGAAGGUGGUGAAGUGGAACGUCGAGGACACGAUGAACUGGCUGAGACGAGACCAUUCUGCCAGCAAGGAGGACUACAUGGAUCGGCUCGAGCACUUACGGAAGCAGUGCGGCCCUCACGUGGCGGCUGUGGCGAAGGACUCUGUUGAGGGCAUCUGUUCAAAGAUCUAUCACAUUUCUGCAGAAUAUGUGCGCAGGAUCCGCCAGGCUCACCACACUCUACUUAAAGAGUGCAACAUCUCAGUGGACGUCACCGAGUCGACGGAGGUUCAGGACCGGCUGGUGUAUUGUUAUCCAGUCAGACUGUCCAUCCCGUCUCCUCCUCAGCCACGUGUCGAGCUGCACUUCGAGAAUGACUUCUCUUGUCUGCGGUAUAAAGGGGAAAUGGUGAAGGUCAACCGUGGUCAUUUUAACAAAUUGGAACUCCUUUAUCGAUACAGCUGUAUAGAUGACCCAAGGUUUGAAAAGUUCUUGUCUCGUGUGUGGUGCCUUAUCAAAAGAUACCAGGUGAUGUUUGGCUCUGGUGUGAACGAGGGGUCUGGCCUGCAAGGGGCGCUGCCUGUCCCCGUCUUUGAGGCUCUCAACAAAAAGUUUGGAGUGACAUUUGAGUGCUUCGCUUCUCCACUGAACUGCUAUUUCAAGCAGUUCUGCUCCGCGUUUCCAGACAUUGACGGCUUCUUUGGAUCUCGAGGGCCGUUUUUCAGCUUCUCUCCGGCCAGUGGCUCAUUUGAGGCAAACCCUCCGUUCUGUGAGGAACUCAUGGACAACAUGGUGACACGCUUUGAGGAUCUUCUGGAACGCUCCAGCGAGCCACUGUCCUUCAUCAUCUUUGUGCCAGAGUGGCGUGACCCGCCGACCCCUGCGCUGACACGGAUGGAGUCCAGUCGCUUCCGAAGGCACCAGAUGAUCGUGCCCCCCUUCGAGCACGAGUACCGCAGCGGCUCGCAGCACAUCUGCAAAAGAGAAGAGAUGUACUACAAGGCCGUCCAUGGAACAGCAGUCAUUUUCCUCCAAAACAAUGCUGGCUUUGCCAAAUGGGAGCCCACUACAGAGAGAAUCCAGGAGCUCCUGGGGGCGUAUAAGAUCUCCGGGCGUUCGUUGCCCUCACCUGGUCCCUCUUCAACCAGUACCGGAGAUAAAGACUCCAAACCGGCCCAGGAACGAACCCCUAGGAGUCAAGACAACAGCAGUCCUGUUGACAAGACUGCACCGGACACAACAAACAUUUAGACACGGCGCUGGGCGUGUGGACACCUGUAUGUAUGUUCAUGGGAAAGAGUCUGUGAUUAUAUGAGAGGUAUAAUAUUGGGUUUGGGUGUUCACGUGAGAAGAAGACUCAUGUCUGUUUACUUUCUUCCGCAUCUAUUAUUUAAUAUUAUUUGUUUUAGGGGUUUGAGUCUCAUAAUGGUUGAGAUUUUUUUAUCAGUCUAUAGAUAGUUUGGUCACCUUUUUUG